CUGCGCUCCGUCCCCUGUUCCCGGGCUUGGAGCCGAGGGGGGCCGGAGCGGAGCCGCGAUUGGGCUGGGGCUGAGUGGGUGGCGGCCACUCCCGGCUCUGCCGCCGCCUAAGGAGGCUGAACUCUGCUCCUCAGCCCGCUCCCGCCUCCUGCUCCCUCCGCCCUCGCCUAGUGCCGAGCGGGGCUGCGGCGAGCCUUCAAGGUGGCACGGCGGGGACCUGCGCUCCCAGCCGGCCGGCGCGGGGAGUGAGAGGCACAUGCCGCCCUCCGGGCGCCCCUUCUCCUGCCUUCCGGAGCGGCUGAGCAGGCGGCGGCAGGGCGGGGGCCGGAUCUCGGAGGAGCGGACCCGCGGAGCUGCCGGGAAGAUGCUUUCUUGUCCCCCCAGAGACAGUUGCUGCUUUAGCCCCAGACCUGUCUGACUUUAGUGGAGAGAUCAUGACUGAAGUCCUCUUUUCAGCUGUUUUGAAUGGGACUGAAACCAACAUUCUGUCAAACACUGGCUGGACUCUGGGAAAUGCCACUACCAAAUGUUCCCUAACCAAAACCGGCUUCCAGUUCUAUUACCUACCCACUGUCUACAUUCUAGUCUUUAUCUCUGGAUUCCUGGGCAAUAGUGUGGCGAUCUGGAUGUUUGUCUUCCACAUGAGGCCUUGGAGUGGCAUCUCAGUUUACAUGUUUAAUCUGGCAUUAGCUGAUUUCUUGUAUGUCUUGACACUCCCUGCCCUCAUCUUUUAUUACUUCAAUAAAACUGACUGGAUCUUCGGAGAUAUCAUGUGCAAACUGCAAAGGUUCAUCUUCCAUGUGAACCUGUAUGGCAGCAUUUUGUUUCUGACUUGCAUCAGUGUGCACAGAUACACAGGGGUAGUGUAUCCUUUGAAAUCACUUGGGAGACUGAAGAAAAAGAAUGCUGUUUACAUCAGUACCCUUGUUUGGGUCAUUGUUGUAGCUGGGAUUUCUCCUAUAUUGUUCUACUCUGGAACUGGGCUAAGGAAAAAUAAAACCAUUACAUGUUAUGAUACUACAACUGAUGAUUAUCUGAGAAGUUACUUCAUUUACAGCAUGUGCACCACUGUGUUUAUAUUCUGCAUCCCAUUUAUAUUGAUUCUUGGUUGUUACGGACUAAUAGUGAAAGCUUUGAUUUACAAGGAUUUGGACAAUUCUCCUCUUAGGAGAAAAUCAAUUUACCUGGUUAUUAUUGUGUUGAUGGUCUUUGCCGUGUCUUAUCUUCCCUUUCAUGUGAUGAAGACAUUGAAUCUAAGAGCCAGACUGGAUUUUCAGACUCCACAAAUGUGUGCCUUCAAUGACAAAGUAUAUGCCACUUACCAAGUGACAAGGGGGUUAGCUAGUCUCAACAGCUGUGUAGAUCCUAUUCUGUAUUUUUUGGCAGGUGAUACUUUUAGAAGUAGACUUUCAAGGGCAACCAGAAAAGCGUCUAGAAGAAGUGAGCUCAAUAUGCAAUCAAAAAGCGAGGAAGUGACUCUCAAUAUUUUAGCAGAAUAUAAAGUGAAUGGAGACACGAGUUUGUGAAUGCAAAAGAUUUGCAAGCAGUUGCAAAAAACAAAACAAAAAACUGUCCGUUUUUAACACAGUAAGAUGCUCUAGUGCCAUGACUGUUUGGGGAAAAUCUACUGAACCGGCCAGCAACCUUGCUCUUUUUGUGUUGGGGAGUGUCUCAUUUUGUGAGUUUAAGGAGAACUUAAGCAAAGUCCUGUGACAUUCAGAACUACCAACAACCAGUACCACCAUCCUAUUCUGAUGUGAGUCCCUGACAUGCACCAUUCUGAGAUGACACAACUACCACUGAGUUCAGCUGGAACAUGGAGCUGGUCCACAGAAUCUCACGUUAAGUCCCCACCUUUUUUUUUUUUUUAACAGUAAUGUAUUUGGCACACAUUCUGCACCUCAGAGUAGAUAGAGCUACUGCAAAAUCAUGGCACAGGAUAACAAGAGUGACUCUAACUCAGUGCUCCAGCAUGACUACUUUGUACCUGCAACAUCACAGCAUGGUGUGUGUUGGGUAAUCACAUCCGAGGAGGAUCUGGCCAACUGUCGCAGGGCUGGAUGUCAUGGGACCAGAAAUAAAUUGUUUUCUUGCUCAGUGUGGCAUAGCUCCUGGGGGAAUUUGCCAAAUAUAUUGGUAAACACUACUGCUAUUUGGGAUUUAAUCUUAUUAAAAUGAAUUUAAUACUAGUGAAAGGUAACCAGCCUGAUAGGCCUUGAGACCAAAGGACCUCCCUCCAUCUAUUCACAGCACUAGCAUCAGCAGAGAAAAUCCCCUAACAUGCCUCUCACCACAUCUCUCAUGCUUACCCUAGUGGAACCACCUCUAGGUAUGUGAGGAGAAUACAGUUUUCAUUUCCAUUCAGACCUUUGCUGACACUGCUGAGAAUGAUGCCAUUUAGUGACAAUGAUGACAGUGGGAUUUUGGACUCAGGCAAUCACCUCCUUACACAAAGUCUGCCUAACAGUACUGACUUAACUCUUUAGUGUGAUGGGCCAGACUUGAACCUUGAGCCAGCUAUUUUCUCUUGGCAUCUUUGCUGGUAGUCUUCUAAAUAUACAUUUAUUUAUUUAGAGAUCCAUAAAAGCUCUUGAUAAACACUUUUUAUUUAAAAAAAAAAACACUUUUAAAGAAAUGAAUAUUUGACCUAAACAGAGCUACUAUGAUCUAUACAGAAACAAAUGACUGUUCGUGGUAUAUUUGCAUUUUAUAGCUCCAUGGGGUCAAAUUUGCCUCAUUUAUGCCCAGGUGCUCCCAGGAGGGAUAAUGUUUAAUACAAAAUGAAGCAACUGUAAUCUAGUUACUGUAUGUGGGCUGUGGGCACUUUAGAAACUUCAAUAGCUUGAUAUUUUGGCUAUUUAAAUUUGUUGUUUUUAAACUAGCAGGUUUGAGUCCAGUUUAUGUAUUAGUAGCCUAAUGAAAAUUUAAUUUUAAAGACACCAAGUGCCAAAUUCUGCCACUGGAUGCACAUGAGUAACUCCCAUUGAAUUUAGGGAUAGCUUCCCAUGCGCAUUUGAGGACAGAAUUUGGGAUUGAGUUAUUAUUUUAUAGAACUAUCUAAUAAGCAUGUUGUUAUAGCUCAGUGGUUUGAGCAUUGGCCUGCUAAACCCUGGGUGGUUGUGAGUUCAAUCCUUGAGGGGGCCAUUUAAGGAACUGGGACACAAAAAAACAACAACAAAAAACCUGUCAGGGACAGUACUUGGUCCUGCUAGUGAAGGCAGGGGACUGGACUCAAUGACCUUUCAAGGUCCCUUCUAGCUCUAUGAGAUAGGUAUAUCUCCAUAUAUUAUUAUUAUUAUUAAGGGUCGCAUUACACCAUUGCAACAUUAAAACCCAUGGUAGGGAUUUUCCUAUAGUCACUGAAUCCUUCCCUCAUGAGGAAAAACGGGGGAACAGUGAAGGCAGGGGACCCAGGACCUGUACACCACAGCUCUGCCAAGGGCCAGUACUUCUCCCUUCUGGCAGCAUGGCUUCUUAAGGAGAUGUGGGGUUGCUACUGGUCAUUCCAACUGAGCUUGUGCUAUUUUCCCCCGCUGUGGAGAAGAUACAGUGCAGACCACAGGGUGGAGAAUUAACUCCUGCUCCUUUUGCCCACUGCAUUUCCACUGGAUUCUGAGAGGCACAUGCUAUGUAAAAUGGCUGUUCCUUUUAUUCGCUCACCGCCUAUCCCUAAAAGUGAGUAGAGUUCCUCUGGGUCCCAGGCACAGAAGAAGGGGAAAACAUGCUAUCCUGGCUUGGCUUACUCCCACUGCUUCUGGGGCAUUUUUGCCCCAUAUUGCUUUAGUCUUUUAUUUGGUCUCCUGUGUUCUUCACAGCCAAAGGAAGUCCUAAUAUCUUGCCCAUUUUCCAAAAAUGUAAAUUAAUACACAUUAAUAUCCAAGCGUUAUAGUGUCCACUUUCUGCCUCAAGUAAAGUUUUCUGGAUAGUCUAUAUGCUUCCCCAUGGGGUAAAUUCUAAAUGCAGUUCUCUCUAGACAUUUAUUUCAUGCUCAUGAGCAUGGCUUCUGAGUACCUAUGUGGGCACAAUGCCAUGAAAUAUAUCUGGAAGUUCUAGAACUAAUAAUACCUAGCAUUCAUAUAAUAGCUUACAUGUUCAGUGCGGUGUUAUACAAACAUUAAGUCUUCUCUAAUGUAGGUAAGUAUCAUUAUUCCUAUUUUAUACACAGGCAAACUGACACAGAGAGGUGAAGCAAAUUGCCUAUACAGUUAAUCAGCAACAGAACCAGGAUUAGAAUUUGGACGAUUCUGACUCCCAAACCAGUGUUCAUUCAGCUGACCAUGCUACUUCUUGUACAUGUAAUUAAUGGGAGUCUUGCAUGCAUAUUCGAGGGCAGAAUUUGACCCUCACAAGGAAGUUGUCUGAGAACCACUAAAAAAUCCUUAACUACAGUAUAGUAGCUUGACUUGCAGCAUUUUAUAACUCUUACAUUUGCUGUAUUAUUUUUAACUCCAGAUGUUUUUGUCACCAUUGAUAAUUUGACCACUUAAUCUGUAUCUGUUACACAAUGUUAUGUCUGGGAUGUAAAUUGUAUUGGCAUCAUCAUUUCAAACUAAUAUGAAGGAAUAAAAUGUGAUUUACAUGCUUAAUGUUUUGUGAAUUUGGACUACAGUGUGUUUCAAGUGCAUAUGUGAAAAUGUUUAUUUUUCUAUAAUUCUAUGAGAUUAAUAUUGUUUAGUGUAUCCAAAACUUGUGAUUAGUACUGCCAUUUAAUUUGACUUGCCUAUAGAGACAGUGUUACUCAAUAUUUAAGCUUCUCAGGUUCUGUAGUUGAUUUAAAUCAAUAGUAACUAAAAAAACUAGUUGUGCAUAACUCAUGAAUAAAAUGAUUGUCUAUUUUCUAUAAAGCACUGUGUCAUUUGCAUGCAGUUUUUGUGUAAGGCAUGGUGAUAGAAACUGUAACUAUUUUUAGUGACAACAGAACCUCAAUGCAACCACCAGAGUUACUGGCAUUGUACCUAUCAACUUCAGACUAAAUAAAACCCAAUAAAAUUAUGAACAUUG